UUAUAAAAUACAUAUCCCUUGGCUUGUCUAGUUCUCUUUAUGUCACCAGUUUUUAUAGCAUUCAAAGAAAGAGAAAGAGAGUGAAGAGAGUAGAAAUGGAGAGGAGUUUUAAUGUUUCUAUGGAUGGAGGAAUAGAUGAAUCUUCCAAGUUUGAUGAUGAUGGUCGCCUCAAACGAACUGGAACGGUGUUGACUACAAGUGCCCAUAUCAUAACAGCAGUGAUAGGAUCAGGAGUGUUAUCUUUGGCAUGGGCUACAGCUCAAUUGGGAUGGAUAGCUGGACCAGUUGCUCUCGUAGCUUUCUCACUCAUAACAUGGUUCAAUUCUCUCCUUCUUGCCGAUUGCUAUCGUGCCCCGGAUGGCUCUCGUAACUACACCUAUAUGGAUGCUGUUCGAGCCCAUCUAGGAGGAAUGAAAGUUCAGCUCUGUGGAUUAGCUCAAUAUAGUAACCUCUUUGGCGUUACUAUUGGAUAUGCAAUCACCACAUCCAUCAGCAUGGUGGCAAUUAAAAGAUCCAAUUGCUUUCAUAAGCAUGGUCAUGAAGCUGGUUGUCAUGAGUCAAACAAUCCCUUCAUAAUUAUAUUUGGGAUUAUGCAAAUUAUUCUAUGCCAAAUCCCAAAUUUUCACAAGCUUUCGUUUCUCUCCCUCAUUGCUGCUGUUAUGUCCUUUGCUUAUUCUUUCAUUGGCCUUGGUCUCUCCAUUGCCAAGAUUGCAAAGGAUGGAGUACAUGCAAACACAAGCUUAACAGGAACAGUAAUUGGAAAAGAUGUGACAGCCACAGACAAGAUGUGGAACACCUUCUCUGCUCUUGGAGAUAUUGCCUUUGCCUAUGCUUUUUCUACUGUUCUUAUUGAAAUUCAGGACACUCUGAAAUCACAUCCACCAGAGAAUAAGUCCAUGAAGAAAGCUACCUUUAUAGGUACCUCUGUGGCAACAAUAUUUUACACGCUCUGUGGACUUCUAGGGUAUGCUGCAUUUGGAAACAAAGCGCCUGGAAACUUUUUAACUGGAUUUGGUUUCUAUGAACCUUUCUGGCUUGUUGAUCUUGCUAAUGUAUGCAUUGUGGUUCAUCUUGUUGGAGCUUACCAGGUGUUCUGUCAACCAAUAUUUGGAUUUGUAGAGGGUUGGAGCAAAAAGAAAUGGCCAGAAAGUAAAUUUAUAACAAGAGAAUACAUGAUUAACCUUUCACCCUUGGGGUUUUUCAAUUUCAGUUUUUACAGGCUAGUGUGGAGAACUGCAUAUGUAGUAUUCACAACCAUAUUAGCCAUGUUAUUCCCAUUCUUCAACGAUUUCGUCGGUCUUCUGGGAGCAGCCUCAUUUUGGCCACUCACUGUCUAUUUCCCCAUUCAGAUGUACAUUGCACAAGCCAGGAUUCCUAAAUAUUCAUUUACCUGGAUUUGGUUGAAGAUAUUGAGUUUUGUUUGCUUGAUUAUCUCACUUCUUGCUGCUGCUGGAUCUGUUCGAGGCCUUAUCAAGUCUCUCCAGGAAUUCCACCCCUUCAAAUCCGAGUCUUGA